UAAUACUGAAAACACUCACCCGUUCAAACUUCCUUUCCUCCCUUCCUUCCACCACUUUCAAAGCCAUAUUACAUUGCCAGAGAGUCUUCUCAGCCUCAGAGAGAGAGUCUCAGUCUCUGUCACAGACAUACAAACACACCAAAUAGAGACGAUCAUCUUCUUCAGAGCUCAGACAACGCAAAAUGUAAGCUCCUCCACCACCCGCUUACUCCUUUCAUUUCAUUUCUAUAGAGCAGCAGCAGCAGCAGCACCACCACCACCACAAACAACUAUAAAAAAAACGAUGUCGUUUUCAACUGAGAAACCUUUAAAGAAGAAGAGACCACCAAGGUGGUCAGACUUAUGGCUCAAGAACACAAAACCAUUGAAACAUGUCAUCUUUGCCAUGCAGCUCCAGUCCCUCUCCAACCCAACUACUCCAACACCAACACCAACACCAACACCAACACCAACACCGAAACAGCAACAGCAGAAACAACAACAAACAGACCCCCCCACCAAAUUCAAAGACAAAACAGGAACCCUAAUCUCCAAUCUCCCCCACAUUGACCGCACACUUCUUUUAGGUGACGAUCUCCUCUUAAAAAUCCUAUCUAAAUUGCCAGAUUCUCAGAGAAACCCUAAUUCACUUGUUUGUAAACGGUGGCUUAAUCUCCAAGGCCGUCUUGUUAGGUCUUUAAAGGUUUUAGAUUGGGAGUUUCUUGAAUCUGGGCGUUUACUUUCAAGAUUCCCAAAUUUGACCCAUGUGGAUUUGCUUAAUGGGUGUGUUGUUAGACCCCACGAUUGCUGUGUUCUGUUGAGUCAUAGGAUUUUUAAGAUGGAUAUAAAUUCUGGGGUUUCUGGGUUUUUACCGGAUUGGCGUGUUUGCGAAGAGAAUUUGUUGCCUGUUGAGGUUGUUGAUAGAGGGCUUAGAGGGUUAGCCUCAGGUUGUCCGAAUUUGAGAAAGCUUGUGGUGGCUGGUGCUAGUGAGAUGGGGUUGUUAAGUGUAGCUGAAGAGUGUUUGACUCUGCAAGAAUUGGAGUUACAUAGGUGUAAUGACAACGUGUUGCGUGGGAUUGCAGCGUGUGGGAAUUUGCAAAUUCUGAAACUUGUUGGAAAUGUGGAUGGGUUUUAUGGUUCUUUGGUUUCAGAUAUUGGGUUAACGAUUUUAGCUCAAGGGUCUAAGAGGUUAGUAAAGAUCGAAUUAAGUGGGUGCGAGGGUAGUUUUGAUGGGAUGAAGGCCAUUGGACAGUGUUGUCAUAUGCUUGAGGAAUUAACUAUUUGUGAUCAUCGGAUGGAUAAUGGGUGGUUAGCUGGGCUUUCCUACUGCGAGAAUUUGAAGACUUUGAGGUUUUUGUCGUGCAAGAGAAUCGAUCCCAGUCCAGGGCCGGAUGAUUAUUUGGGGUGUUGUCCAGCUCUUGAGAGGUUGCAUUUGCAGAAGUGUCAAUUGAGGGAUAAAAAGAGCCUUAAAGCGAUGUUUAAGUUGUGUGAAACUGUGAGGGAGAUUGUUGUUCAGGACUGUUGGGGAUUGGAUAAUGAUCUGUUUAGCCUGGCAAGAACUUGCAGGAGAGUGAAGUUAUUAUCUCUGGAAGGAUGCUCCUUAUUGACAACAGAAGGCCUGGAAUCAGUACUUCUUACCUGGAAUGAACUUGAACAUCUUAGAAUAGAGUCCUGCAAGAACAUAAAGGACAGUGAAGUCAGUCCAACCCUUUCAACCUUGUUCUCUGUUCUUAAAGAGUUGAGAUGGAGGCCAGAUACCAGAUCUCUUCUCGCAUCAAGUCUUGUGGGAACUGGCAUGGGAAAGAAAGGUGGGAAAUUUUUCAAGAAGAACCUACGCCUGGAUAAUUAUACGCAGAUGAUUCACACAGCUACUUUUUGAGGGUUCCUGAUUUUCUCUUGGAAUGCUGUAUGAUCCCGUGAUCAUCCAAUGCUCAUGUAGCAGGUGAACACGAUGUUGAGAGAGGUUAUGUCAUGCUUCUGUCUUUGCAAGGAAAGGCAAGUGGAUCAAUUCAACUGUGAAGAAGGUUUGCACCAUCUUCACUGCUUUCAAGUGCUUUAUCUAAAGAAAUACCUAGUUGUAAAAGUUAGGACUCUGCUUUUAAGAUGUUAUAUUUGCCAACCAUUCUGUAAUUAGACCUAGAUAACUGGUCAUGUUAUCUUCUGAAUACGCAAUGUGCUGUCAACCUAUGGCAGCUUAUUCCUCGUUUCAA